AUGGUGAAGCCCCGCAGAAUUCCUCUGUCUCGGAGGUCUGGAAAUGCCGUUCUCCCCAAGCGGCUGACCACACUGACGGGCUCUGGACAGUCACAGGAUGAAUGGGUGACCCUGCAGACUGAACCCCAGCCUCUGUUUGAGGGAGACACUCUGACUCUGAGGUGUCUCAUCCACAGUGGUUCUACAGUGCAGUGGGUUUACUUUUACAAAGAUAAUACAGAGUUAAAAUACGAGCAAUUCAGAGAGCUGAGAGUGCACAGUGUUUCAAAGAGUCAUGAGGGGUUCUACAAGUGCAGUGCGACAUGGUGGAGCAAAACCAUUUACUCUGCAGAGGUGCGGGUGUCACAAGCACAGGUGUGGCCAUCAUUGAACUCACAAUACAGCAAAGCCCUCAGGAUACAGGUACAUGAGCUGCCACAGCCUGCCCUGACCCGAGAGCCUUCAGGAGAGAUAUUUGAAGGAGACGCAGUCACCCUGAGCUGUGUGGUUGAGGAGGGCUCUGGUGGCUGGAGAUAUCUCUGGUACAAAGACAGUGAGUCCAGUCCUCCAGUGUACCAGACUGACAGCAGCAGUGGAACUGGAGCCGGAUACACAAUUGGUGCUGCUGCUCUGUCCCACAGCGGAGAGUACUGGUGUCGAGCUGAAAGAGAGAGGACAUCAUUGAACUCACAAUACAGCCAUCCCAUCUGGGUAAAUGUAACUGCUCUGUUCUCCAGGGUGACUCUGACAGCAUCUCCAGGAGCCACAGUGAAGGAGGCAGAGGCUCUUAACCUGACCUGUGAGGCAGCAGUGAACAAUAGCCCCCACCCUCAACUCCACUACACCAUUGUGAGAGACGGGGAGCCUGUGACUAACAGCACUAACUCUGCACUGUACAGCAUAACCAGCACUGAGAAGAGUAACACUGGGAGCUACACGUGUGCUGUGGAGUCACAGGGAGUGAGGAAGAGCAGCCAAGAGCUACAUAUUGAAGUGCAAACGUCCUGGCACAGUGCUGUUGCUGUUGGCUACAGAGUGAGCUUCUUUCUGAUUCAUCUCACUGUGUUCACUCUGCUGCUCCUUCGAUACUGCAGGAUCCAAGGUUACAUGUGUAUCCCUGGUGUUAAGUCAAGGUAAGUCAGUAUUAGCCAGUAUGUGCACAGACUGGGGGAGGUGCUCAUGAGGACCUCCUUUAAGAAUCCCUCUUACACAAUACAUCAGUACCAUUCAAUUUGAGCCGUGUCUUAGUGUUACAGAACUCCCUCCACGAACCA